AUGGCACAAACUGAUUUAGUGAAGUAUAUGCUUACCAGAACUAUGCUUAGAGGUCAGAUUGGCAAGUGGAUCUUGGCGUUAUCAAAGUUUUCUUUACAAGAUACACCUUUAAAGGCGCUUACAGGACAUGAAGUGUCUGACUUUUUGUUGCAUCAUCCUAUUAUUGAGGAUAUAGAAGACCAGAACUUGGUUGUUUCCUUUGUCCGCACUCAGCCUUGGGUUCUGUAUUUUGAUGGCAGCAACACUGUUCAUUUAUCCGGAGCAGGUGUUGCAUUGGUUAGCCCCUCUGGAGCAAGACAUUGUUAUUCCUUUCAACUAGAAUGGAAGUGCACUAAUAAUCAAGCAGAAUAUGAGGCAGUCAUCAUUGGACUAAAACUUUUGCUUGAUCUAGAAGUAACAAAGGUGCAAGUAUUAGGUGACUCACUCUUAGUCAUUAACCAGCUUAAGGGUGUCUAUAAGUGCAACAGUUUUACAUUACUCACUUUUUGGGAGCGAGCAUCAGAGUUGUUAGACCAAUUUGCAGACGUGGUGCUUGAUUAUAUUCCUAGGGAACGAAACUUUGUUGCCAAUGAAGUAGCACAGUUGGCUACUGGUAUCCGCUUGACAGACGGCGUUCGCGAGAGGAUUUUAAAGGUUCAGAGACGCACAUUACCUUCCUUUAUGGCAAGGAAAGAAGUUAAAGAUGAAUGGUUGGUGGCUGUUAUUGACUCUAUUGAUGUAGAUUGGCGACAACCAAUUAUCCAGUACCUUACUGAUCCUUCUGCUCCUAUGGACAAGAGGGUUAGAUAUUUUGCUACUAACUAUGUUCUUCGAGGUGAUGAACUCUUGCGCAGAGCAGAAGACGGCUUGUACCUGAGAUGCAUCUAUGGAGCUGAGGCUAAGAGGUGUUUAUGA